UUUUCUCUUGGCUAUGGAUGUUGUGAUUGUCCGUAGGUGGUAGACGGUCUCUGACUGUCGAACGUGGAGGUACCACACGGUGGAUCUCGUAGGCGAAGCCAGAAUGUGUGCAUGUUGCAUGCACACGUGUUCCCUCGCCAGAGUCCGUGUGGCGUUCCCCCUUUCCCCUGCAUCCCCCUAUAGCCCCAAGCCUCAGGCCUUCGUGGUAGUUGGAGUAUAAAAAAAAA